AUGGUGGUGGUUGCCGGAAAAUCCGGCUGGUGUUGGUGGUUACCGAAAAAUCCGACUGGUGCUAGUGGUUGCUGGAAAAUCCCUUGUUCUUUGAACUCAUUUGAUGGAGGUGGUAGAAUCUGGUCAUCCAACUAUCUUCAUCAAAUUAUUCUAUGGUGGAGAGUUUAUGAAGUUUCCUGGAAGAGGUACAUCAAGGGAAAAGAAAGAUACGCUGAUCUAUUGGACAUUGAUGAGUUUUGUGUGCACAAUAUUGAUGAGAUGAUGGAGACUCUAGGCUGUGUUGAGGAGGAACCUAGAGGGAUUACUCAUGAAAGUGACAUUAGAGAUGAUGUUGAUGAUAGUGAUGAUAGUGAUGAUAGUGAUGAUAAUAUAGAGUGGGUGGGUGAUCUUGGAGGGUCAAAUGUCAAGGAAACAGAAACAAGGGAAAUUGAUGAUAUUGAGGUUGUAAACAAUGAGGUAUUCUUAUAUGGGUCAUCAUCUAAUGAAGGUGGGAGCAACAGGAGAAGCAAGUUAAUUAAGGCAAUUCGGAGGCCAAUGGAAAACAGUGAAGCAAGAAACAUAGUGAGAGCUAUUUGUAAAGGUACUAUCCCAGACCUUGGUCAACUUGACCCAUGUGGGCCUAGUCAAAGCAAUAAAGAAAGUGAAGAAAAGAAGUGUCCAUGGGUACUUUAUGCUAGCAAGUGGGAACAAGAUGUUGACUGGGAGAUCAAGACCUACGAAAAAGAGCAUAUAUGUCUACAAACAAGAAAUGUGAAAGCUUGUACCUACAAGUCCUUAGCAAAGAAAAUAGUGCAGCAGAUUGAAAGUAAUCCUACAGUCCCUACACAAGAUUUACAAGAACAAAUUCAACGUGAAUACCAAGUAGAUAUUUCAAAGAUGAAGGUAUUUAAGGCUAAAACAGAAGCAUUGAAUCAAGUAAGGGACGAUUAUGCAAGGCAAUAUACUACACUAAGAUACUAUGUUCAAGAACUUCGCACUCGAAACCCAGGGACAACAGUUAAGAUAAAGGUCAAAAGUGAGCCAAACCUAGCUUCUGAGACUAGAACUUUCAAACGGAUCUACAUCUAUCUAGGGCCAUUAAAGAAAGGUUUUCUAGCUGGUAAAACAUAUUACCUUGGUUUGGAUGGGACUUUUAUGAAAGGGCCUUAUCCUGGAAUGAUACUCACAGCAUUGGUAAGAUGUAAAUACAUAUCUAAUGGGUUUUAUACGACAAAACAUCUUAUGUGCUCAUAUAAAUCCUAA